UAGCUGCCCGCAUCGGAGCAGAGAGAGCACUCCUCCUCGUCCUCCUCGUCCUCCUCGUCCUCCGCUCUGUCUCUGACUCGCAGGGAAACUCGGACUUUUAUACCGAGGCUAAAUUUAGGGGCUUGGCCGGUGCGCAGCGUCCUCAUCCUGGACGCGCUUCCUUCCCCCUCCUCGCAUUGGUCUGACUUUGGUGCUGCGAACAAUCUUUAUAAGAAAAGCGCUCCCUCCAGACGGCACAGCUCGCGCAUGAGUGAAGAGAGCAGCAGCUCACGGACCGCAGGAGAAGCAACGCGCUCUGACGCUUCUUUUGGGGAUUUAUUUAAGUGCAUUUUCUCAAUAUUUAAAUUUCUUUUUCUGGAAAGAACGCAUGGAAAUGGCCUCGAGUGGGACCAUUUUACCAUCAAUCUCUACAUUUGCCAUCCAAAAGGAGAAAUGUUGGGAAGAUAGGUGGAAGUGUGACAUGAGCGGCGCUGCGCUCAACAUGGACAGCAGCUGCCUCGGCAGGAAAGACGAAGAGGACCUUGAUAAGUUCUUGGAUCUUGAGUUUAUUCUCGCUAACACCACCGUGCCCGACAGCGCGCCGGCCGCAGGGACCGGGGCGGAGUCCUAUCGGCUCCAGGAGUCCGGGGUGUCCGUUUAUCACCAGCAGCCGGCCAACUACACCUCUGUCCCAGACAUGAACAGCCCUCCGCCGCCCUACAACAGCCUGAUGGCGGAGCUCCUUCGCUCCGACGUGGAUACCAGCUUCCUCCCCGGGAGCGGUCUCAGCAUCCACGGGAGAUUCCAGAUCAGCACCGCGCCUUUCCCGACCACUCAGGAUUUGUUCCCCGAGCAUCCGAACAUUAAAGUGGAGCCUGCCUCCAUGGACACGUACGGACCCGCCAUGGGUCUGGUGCCCCAGAGCUGCGCCAAAGUCAAACACGAGGGCAGCGUCUCUUGCAUGAUGUCGUACGAGCAGCAGCCGCGGCUGGCCAACACCCCGCAGGCCGCGCUGGGCAGCAUGACGCCGCCGCUGAGCCCGGACGACCUGAUGAACUCCGAGUGCCACCAGCCCCAGAUGUGCAACUCCGCCUCGCUGACGUUCCCGCAGAGCUUCCACCACGCGCACCACCGCUGCGCGUCCGGGGGAUUCCCUCACGCGCACACGGGGAUGCAGAUGCCGUUCCCCGUGGCGACGCACCACCACCACCACCACCAGUUCCCCGGCAUGUUCGGGGAGGACGCCGCCAUGGGCAUGCAGCAGCAGCAGCCGGCGGCCGGUCAGCGGGUCCUGCUCACCCCGCCGUCCUCCCCGCUGGAUGUGAUGGACGCCAAGCCGAAGAGGGGUCGCCGGUCCUGGCCGAGGAAACGGACGGCGACGCACACUUGCACUUUCGCCGGCUGUGGCAAGACCUACACCAAGAGCUCCCACCUGAAGGCGCAUCACAGGACACACACAGGAGAGAAACCCUACCACUGCAGCUGGGAGGGCUGCGGCUGGAAGUUCGCCCGUUCUGACGAGCUGACGCGUCACUUCCGGAAACACACCGGACACCGGCCGUUCCAGUGUCACCUGUGUGAGCGGGCCUUCUCACGCUCCGACCACCUCGCCCUGCACAUGAAGAGGCACAUGUGAGGAAAGACAAGGACUCCUGUGCACCUGGACCCGGUUCAAGGAGCUCCAACCCUCCUACGUGCUGAGUGAGACCACCACACAGCAUGAAGACCACCCCUCGAACCCAUUGACAUUAUAUCUUUUUUUGUGAAAAGAUUUAUUUAAAUGUUAUUGUUUUGAGAGAAACCACAAAUCAAGGAAGAAAAACAGCCAAAUGCGACAGAAACAGAAGAAUUCUGUUUGAAUCUUUUUUAAACUAUGUAGCUGGUACUACUUGUUUACUUUUUGUAUGGAAUUCUGUUUAUACAGACGACAAAUUAAAGGAGCAAUCCACUGAACAUGUCAGGCACAUGCCACUGAAGCAACUGGAAGCAGACAACCCUCUUUGAAGAACAUUGAUUUUUCUUUUUGACUUUCACCUAUAGUGCCUUUUAUAACACGUUAUUACACAUCCUUACGAGUGCCAAACCCUCCACUGGCAAAGAAGACAAUCAAAGUCUGAUUCUGUGUGUUAUAUCCUGAGUGUGUGUGAGUGUGAGCGCAUGUGAGAUGAGCUCUGAGACAAUGUUUUAUUCUGAAACUGCCGUUCAUUCUGUCCUGUUCCCCUGAAGGCUUGAAUGGGAUGUGAGUCUGUAGGAAGGUUCACAGAAGUGCACCGCCAUCUGAUUGACAAAGGGCUCCUCAGUCUUUAGCAACAACAACAAAAUAACCCCAAAAGACUUGUUUGUUUGUGUCUUGAAGAAAUGUACUGCCUUGUAAAUUGAAUCUUUUUUCUAAUAUAAUGUAAAUAGUUUAUUUUAAUGUACAUAUUAAACUAAAUGAACAUGA